UUCGAAACACAGCGCAGGAGGAAAGGCUGAAAGGGGCUGAAGUUUCGUUUAUGAAUUCUACUAUAGCAGUAUUUUUCUGCACAGAAUGUAUUUAACAACCUAGUGUAAUAAUGUUUUUCAAUCCUGAUGAUGACGAUGAUUUCUCUCCAUCGUUUGGCGGUGGUUCAGGCGGUAAAUCAAGUUUAUCGUCGCUUUUUGGUGCCGAUCAGGCUGCAUUCAAUUCAUCAAAAAAUGAAUCAUUGACCUACACUGCACCAAAACAGCCCAAGAAACAAGUUGCAUCAAGUGGUCAAGAAACGCCUCCAGCUGUCAUACAUGCUAUUGCAGCCCAAGCUUUUAAGUUUGUAAAUGGGCAGUAUGCUAGUCAAGGAAAACUGGGAGUUGCUGUUUUAGGAAGUCACACUAAGAAAGAGUAUCGUUUAUUGGUGUAUGCUAGCAAGAAGCAACAAGUUACAGCUGCAAAAAUAACCAGUAGCUUUUCAUUUGUGGUUCAAGCAAAUAACUACUCAUCAUUUUAUGAUGAUGCUAGACAAUCAUGGUCACUUAGGUUUGACUCUUCACAAGCCAUGGUUGAUUUUGCGAAACAGAUUGGCCUAGCAAAAUAUAACUCUGCUCCUGGAGGUUUGGUAAAGCAAGAUUUACAACCUGGUGAUGGUCAAGCAAUUGAAAUUGGAGAUGCAAUUGAGGUGAAGUACACUGGCUCUUUGUGGACAAAUAAUUCUUUUGGAAAGGUUUUUGAUUCAAAUGCUUCAACAGAUAAGACAUUGAAAUUCCGGCCAGGAAAAGGAAAAGUGAUCAAGGGCUGGGAAGAUGGAGUUCUUGGUAUGAAAAAAGGUGGAAAACGUUUGUUAGCCAUUCCUCCUGAUUUGGCAUAUGGAGAUAAGGGAGUGCCAUCACGGGUGCCUGCAAAGUCCGCACUUCUUUUUGAAGUAGAAAUAUUGCGUGUUAAAUUUACAAAGGAAAAGACGGAGAAUGUCCCCAGUGAUACAUCAACCCCGCCACCCGCAAGCGAUCAGAGCCAUAAAGAUGACGUUAACCCAAGUUCUGAGAACCCCAAAGGAGACGAAGAUUUGCGUGAAAGAACUGCUUCUCUGAACAAAGAAAUAACAACGUCACCAGAGAAAGGGUCAGAGAAGGCCAAGCUUUUGGCAAGAAUGUCUAAAAUGGGAAAAAAUGUCCUCAAACUCCCUGGAGCUGUGUCUGCUGAACCAGAAGAAGAUGACCACGAGGUUCACGCAGAGAAUGUUGCUGGUAGUCAUACUAGUGCCAGGACUCCGACCCAAGCAGAGCCUAUUGCCGAGCGGCCUCGUUCCCAAUCUAAUGAAUACCACGAUUCUAGCGGAAACCCCCAUCCCCAUUCCCCGGGAAAGCCGAAGAUAGCCCCACGUUCUGCACACGUGAACAGGAUGGCUCAUGCAUCCCCAAGUCAUGCCCCCAGUCAUGUGACUCCACAACACUAUCCCACAGAAUUUCAAAAUCCACAACCUGCGCAUACACAAGCCCCACCUCAACAACAACCACUUGCCUUAUACCAGCCGCCACUUCACCAGAACCCUCCGCUCUACCAACAAGCGUCACAAUUUCCCAUUCCUCAACCUCAAACGCAUUUUCAACCCGUUUAUCAACAACCUGUACAGCCCGUCUUCCAGCCUGCGCCCCCGGUACAACCCCCGCCGUCAACCAGCGGUGGUACUAGUGACGUCAUGAUGCCCAUGUUGAUGACAGAAAGCCGGCAACAUCAAACUGAAGUGAGACAAUCAAUAACUAAAGUUUCGGAGAAAAUUGAUGCAUUAGAACACAAGAUUGAUCUUCUGAAGCAAUCGAAUGAGGAAAGCAAUGGCGCUAUAAAACCGGUGAUGCCUGGUGUCUCGGAUGAAAAUGUUAUGGAAGCUUCCGUUUUGAUGAACAGUAUCGUGAAGCUUGUCCAGGAAAACGAAAGAAUGAAGCGAGAGAAUGUUGAAAAGUCAGCUAAGAUCGAGGGUUUGAAUGAAAAGAUUUCUGAACUGUUACACCGGAGCCAAAGGUAUGUAGAGCAAAGCAAUAUUUUCUUGGAACAACGAAAUGAAAGUUUGCAACAAUCAUCGUCCUAUUCCCAAUCAAAACUGGUUGAAUUGGAGCGAGAUAAGACGACAUUGGCAACUGAGCUUGCAACAUACAAACAAAAUGCGGCGACAAUGGAAACCGAGUUAGAAAUCUUAAGAAAACAAGAUGCAGAGAAUCGAGAACUGUUGAAAAAAACUUCGUCGCAGUUGCAGAAAAAUAAAUCUGAAUUAGGAACAGCAAAAGAUGCUUUAGCAGAGCGAGAAGAGGAGGUUGAAAGGUUAUCAUCCUCUGUAAAGAAUCUGAAACAAGAACGUAAAAAGUUAGAAGGCAAUCUUACUGCACUUGAAGAAUCUGUCAGUGAUUUAAAACAAGAGAAAGAGUCUGUAGAAAAGAGUUUGUUAGAUCGUAAAAAGAAACAUGCAGAGGUUAAAAAAAGAAUGGAUGAAGAGAUUGAAGACCUUAAAUCUAGCCAAGAGGAAGAACUAAACAGCCUAAAGGAAAGACAUCGUCGGGAGUUGACUUCAAGUAGUUCAUCCUUGUCAAAUCAGAUUUCUGAACUGGAAACAGAAAUGGAGACAAAGUGGCAAGAGAAAUCAAAACAAAUGGUGAAUCAAUGUGAAAAAAAGUGGAAGAGAAAAUAUGACGACAUUACAGAGGAAAAUGAGUCGUUAAAGAAAAAGUUAUCUGAAAGUGAUGAGAAGUAUUCCAUUAUGAAGACAUCCCAGGCUCAGCAUUUGCAGGAGAUCGAAGACCUUCAAGAAAAGCUGAAAGACUUGGAAGAAACGCAAAAUAAAUACACGAGUAUGAAGAACUCGCAGAGUCAACAGCAACAGGAAAUGAAUGAACUUCGGGAAAAAGUUAAAGACAUUGAAAACACUCAGAAAAAAUAUCAAGAUCUAAGGAUGAAAAGUAUUGAAAUGAAAGAAAAAUACGAAAAUAGAAUACAUGAGCUGAUUGAGGAAAAGGAGUCAGCCGUAAAGGAAGUCGAACAGAGGUCUUCCGAAGAAAAACAACAAGUCGCGUUACAACAAUCAGCUGCAGAACCAUCCAGAGAUGUAAUUAUUAAAGAGGUCAAGCAAAUUAUGAACAAAGUAUUCUUCAAAAUUCGGGAAGAAUUUGUCGCUGACGAUAGCUACAAAGGCUCGUCAAUUAUUUCUGUUGUCUUGAACGUUAUCAAAGCCAUGACGUUAAAAAUGACCAGUGGCGAAGGUGAGAGUGGAGAAGAAAGCGGAGAAGAGGACGAGGAUGAAAGUGGAGAUGAAGAGAGUGAAGAAGAAGAGGGUGAAACUAGUGGAGAAGAAGAAGGAGAAGUGAAGGAGGAAGAAAGUGAAGACGAAGGUGAAAAUGAUGAGGAAAAGGGAGGCGUGGAGGCUCAAAGUGAAAAAGGGGAAAUCGGUAAUAUCGAAAUUGAAAGGACGGAAGAUAAGAUCAUCGAGAAAAUAGAGGAUGAGGAAAUUGACAAAGAUGGAAGUAAAGAGAGUGAUAAAGAAGAAAGUAUCGAAAAUUCAAGUGAAGACGAUGGUGAAAUAGUGAAUAAAGGUCAGGAUGAAAUGAAAGAGGAGGAAAUAAAAAAUGAGGAAGAAAUACCGAAAGUUGAAACCAAUGAAAGUGAAGCAGUCAAUGAACAGAGUGAAAACGCGGAGGAAGCGCUGCGGAAAAGCGAUGAAGGAGAAAUAAAUGAAACCGAAGAACAUGGCGGCGAAUCUGAGGAUAUAUCUCCACUAAACCCAGCAGAGGAUAGUGAUAGUCAAAGUGAUGAAGAGGAUUUAGGAAUAAAAGAAGUUCCUCCUUUGAUGGAACCCAAUAUCAGUGAUGAUGACACAGAAAUUACACAAGAGGACAGUGGUGAUCAUUCGGGGAUAUUGCAACAGCAAGGUGCUGGUCAUUCAGAGAAUGUAGGAGAUGGCGCUAGUUCAGACGAGGAUCUUGAAACCGUCUCAAACCGUCCGGUUCAUGGCUCUGAGCAAGAGGCUGAUAUCUCGUCCGAUGAUGAGACCGACAGGAAUAUAGUGGAUAGAAAUGGACAAGAUAAUGGUAAUCAAGAACCUCUGGUGUCUAAUUUGCCAAAUAUUGACGAAUUAUCUGAAAAAAAUGAAGAUAGCAAAAGUGGUGAUGUUGUUGAUUCGAAGGGAUCGGAUGUUGAAGUAGGAAGCAGAAAUGAUGAAAUGGAUAAAAACGGUGACGAGGGCGGCGAGAAGGAAGGUGAAGUUGAAACUGUGGCUGAAGAAAAAGGCAAAGAGAAAAAAGUCCAGAGUUUAUCAGAUUUCUUAAGUGACGACGAAGAUGAUGUUCAAGGCUUGUUCGACACCCCUGAACCGAAGUCGAACUUAAAACCUGCGAAAAAGGAAACUGAGAGUCCAGCCCUGAAAACAAUCCCCCCACCUCUCUUUGAUGACGAUGACGAUGAUGAUUUGGAUUGGUUCUCGUGAUGAUUGCAGAUUGCUUGAAAUUUUAGUGAAAUUUUAAAUUGUGAAGACAAUUUUUUUGCUUUUAGUAAUAAUAUUAACAUGAUUUAUUUUCUA